AUGUCAGUUAUGAAGAAUAAGGCCCCCGCAGAUCUUCAAAUCACGGCGGAGCAGAUUCUUCUGGAGGCCUACGAAAGUAAAGACCCCUCCUUGAAGCUGACUGAGCACAAAAUUAAUGACCUGGAAGAACUCCAACAGAUGCAGCUCAAGAAGAGAACAGAGUUUGAGAAUGCCCUCAGGAUGAACAGGUUGAACGUAGGGCAAUGGCUUCGGUACGCCACGUUUGAAGUAGAACAACGUGAUUAUCGCCGCGCUCGUUCUGUUUUUGAACGGUGUCUAGAGGUUGAUCCAACCAACGUUACCGUGUGGAUUCGAUACUCUCAAACUGAACUCAAGGGGAAAAACAUCAACCAUGCUAGAAACGUUUUGGAAAGAGCUACCAUAUUGUUGCCACGCGUGGACAAGCUGUGGUAUUUGUACGUGAACCUAGAAGAAACAUUGGGCAAUGUGGUUGGAACGAGAGAGAUCUUUUUAAGAUGGAUAAACUGGAGGCCCUCAGCUAGUGUAUGGAAGCACUUCAUUUAUUUUGAGUCUCGUUAUGGAGAGCUGGAGAACUGUCGAAAAAUCUUUGAGAAGUUUGUUGUGGCUUCUCCGAAGACGGAAACCUGGCUUUAUUGGGCUAGUUUUGAGAAACAACAUGGCGACGCUGUGGAUAUUAGGAAUGUGUACACCUUGGCUAUCGACUCAGCAAUGAGUCUUGGAAAAGAGUUUCUCGAUGAGUCAAUAUUCGUCAGUUGGUGUGAUUGGGAGACGCAACAGAAAGAGUUUGCUAGAGUAAGAGCAUUGUACAAGUUUGGUAUGGACCACUUAACAGGUGAGAAGAGAGAUCGGCUGUUCGAACAAUAUACAGUUUUUGAAAAACAGUACGGGGAUAGGGAAGGGAUAGAAGAAACCAUCAUGCAAAAACGGAAAAUAAAAUACGAACAGAUCCUGUCUGAGAAUCCUUAUGAUUAUGACAACUGGUGGUUAUAUAUCGAACUGUUGGAGAACUACAACGAUACUACAGAAUUGCUGGAGCAGGCAUAUACCAAAGUCUUGGGAGCUGUUCCUCAGAGUGAGUCCAAACCAGAUUGGGAAAAGUACAUCUGCUUAUGGUUGAAAUUUUUGUUUGUUACUGAACUUGAAAGUAAAGAUAUCUCAAAGGCUAGAGAGGGCUACAAGAAGCUGAUAUCCCUAAUUCCUCAUAAAAAGUUUACAUUUGCCAAGGUUUGGACAAACUAUGCGUACUUUGAAAUACGACAAGAUGAUUUAUCACAAGCAAGAAAGAUAUUGGGCCAAUCUUUGGGUCUGUGUCCGAAGAGAAAGCUAUUCAAAUCGUACAUUGCCAUGGAAUUGAAGUUAAAGGAAUUUGACAGGGUUCGAAAGCUCUAUGAAAAAUUUAUCGAGACGUGGCCUCGGGAUGUUUCAAUUUGGAUUGAAUAUGCUGAAUUUGAGAACCAAAUGGAUGAUGAUGAAAGGUGUAAAGCAAUCUAUGAAAUUGCUACCAGUGAACCCGAAAUCCUACCGGAUGAGGAAAGAAAGGAAGCUUUCAACAAGUUGAUUGAUUAUCUGCUAUCAACAUACCAGUAUUCAGAAGCUAGAAACGCAUAUUCCAGGUUCUUGAUCCUGUUCAAACAUGACACAGUAAUUUGGAUUAAAAAGGCUAUAUUUGAACUAACCAUUCCAUCAGAAGAGCAGCUCAACGAAUAUUUGCUGCAUUCCAACCAGAAUGAGGAUCUGGAAUUCCAGUUUGAAGUCACAGAAGAGUCCAAGGAAAGAAGUAGAAAAGAAUUUGAAAAGGCGUUAGCGUUUGCAAAGGCAACUAAUAACAAGAGCAUGAGAGUGAUGCUUUUCCAAGCCUUCAAAGAAUUUGAGUCUGUCUAUGGGACGAAAGGUAGCCAAGAAGAGAUUAACAAAAGGUUCCCAUCAGUUGUCAGGCGUCGGGAAGGUGAUGAAGAAGUGGUCGAUUACGUUUUCCCUGACGACCAGCUCGAUUCCAAGCAGGUCGAAGAUGUGGAAGAUUCAAAACCAAAGUCAGCUAUGCAGAAAUUCUUGGAAAAUGCCAAAAAAUGGAAGGAGAAACAAAGUUAG